GGCGGCGCCCUGCGCCUGGGUCCCGCGUGCAGUGUGCUGUAGCGGCUGCCCCCGCAGCGUGCCGGACCUGCGCGGGGCCCCGCAGCCAUGGCUGCACGGUCGGUCACUCUCGGCAUCGACCUGGGCACCACGUCUGUGAAGGCGGCCCUGGUGGAGGCCGCGCCCGGCGAUCCAUCCGGGUUCGUGGUACUGGCGAGCUGUGCCCGGCCUGCGCGGGCGGAGGCGGCGGCCCAGAGCGCGGCGGCAGGGCCCCAGGGGCAGGAGCAGGAUGUGCAUAGAAUCAUCCAAGCCCUGAACGAGUGCCUUACUGCCCUUCCCCGGGAGCAGCUCCGGAAAGUCUGUGGCAUCGGAGUGUCAGGACAGAUGCACGGAGUCAUGUUUUGGAAAACAGGGCAAGGCUGUGAAUGGACAGAAGGAGGGACUGCCCCUCUGUUCGAGCCCAGAGCCGUGAGCCACCUGGUCACAUGGCAGGAUGGCCGGUGUGGCAGCGGGUUCCUGGCUUCUCUGCCCCAACCAGAGUCCCAUCUUAGUGUGGCCACGGGGUUUGGCUGUGCAACCAUCUUCUGGCUUUUGAAAAAUAGCCCAGAGUUCCUGAAGUCCUAUGAUGCAGCAGGCACCAUCAGUGACUAUGUGGUUGCCAUGCUGUGUGGCUUGCCCAGACCCCUGAUGUCCGACCAGAAUGCCGCCAGCUGGGGAUAUUUCAACACCCGGAGCCAAAGCUGGAACUUGGACAUACUGAGGGGCUCGGGCUUUCCCGUCCACCUGCUCCCAGACACUGCCGAGCCGGGCAGCGUGGCAGGCAGAACUUCCCAUGCAUGGUUUGAAAUCCCAAAGGGGAUGAAGGUGGGCGUGGCCUUGGGUGAUUUACAGGCCUCCGUCUAUUCCUGCAUGGCCCAGAGGACAGAUGCAGUUCUCAACAUCAGCACCUCGGUUCAGUUGGCGGCCUCCAUGCCUUCCGGAUUCCAGCCGGUGCCGACUCCAGACCCUGCAGCUCCCGUCGCCUACUUCCCCUACUUCGACAGGACUUACCUGGCGGUGGCAGCGUCACUCAAUGGGGGCAAUGUGCUGGCGACAUUCGUCCACAUGCUGGUCCAGUGGAUGGCGGAUCUAGGCCUGGAGGUUGAAGAAUCUGCUGUGUAUUCACGCAUGAUCCAGGCAGCUGCACAGCAGAGAGACACCUGCCUAACCAUCACUCCCACGGUGUUGGGCGAGAGGCACCUGCCGGACCAGCUGGCCUCGGUGACCAGAAUCUCCUCCUCCGACCUCUCCCUGGGGCACGUGACCCGGGCCCUGUGCCGAGGCAUUGUGCAGAACCUGCACUCCAUGCUUCCGUUUCAGCAGCUCAAAGAGUGGGGCGUGGAGCGGGUGAUCGGCAGUGGCAGUGCGCUGUCCAGGAACGAGGUGCUGAAGCAGGAGGUGCAGAGGGCUUUCCCUUUCCCAGUGUCCUUUGGGCAGGAUGUGGACGCAGCUGUGGGGGCAGCUCUGCUCAUGCUUCAGAGAAACCUCAACAAGAAGGAGUCUUAGCACACUCUUUGGCCAAAGGACUGUUGCAAAUUUUAUCUAAUUAACAUUCCUGACAUGAUCUUGGGGUCAUCCUUUUUCUGGACAGCUGGCAGCUUUUAAGCAAUGCUCGUUCUCAGGACACUAUAUUGACCAAGAACCUACCUUCAGGGCACACUCUAAUAAUGCAGCCAGGAGCUAUCAAUCAGGAGUCAUCAACUAGAUUCCCAAAUCAGUGCCUUCUGAAAGAGACUCACCUGGGAGCUGGUUGCAAAUAUAAAUGUGGAAAAAAGAAAGAGAGAGAAAGAAAAGGAACAGUAGCCCAGCAUCCUGAUCAGCAGGCUCACCUGUGAUUCAGCUAUAGAUAAAGAGAAAAUAAAUGUGGACUUCAGAUACCAAAAAGUCUGGUGCUAUGGGCUCCAAGUAAGAAAAGAAGACCUGUGCUCCACCCCAUGUCCAGCUUUUGGAUUGAUUGUUGUAGGGACAUAAAGCCCAGACGUGGGUCACUUGCAUUGCUGGAAAAGUCAUUCUCUACUGGAUUUUACCAUGUCACCCUGAGGCCCCAAUCCCAAUCAUGCUGGAGCAGAGGGUGGGCCAAGGACAGUGAAGCCGGCAGCUGAGAUGAUGAUGCAGGGGUCGGGCUGGCCUCGCCAUGUGCUUCCCCACCAGGGAGAGCCUGCUGCACUGGGUCUGCCCCAGAUCUUCGCAACACAACUGGCUUGAAGGCAUGGAACAGGGAAGGAAAAGCUGAUGGCAUGACCAGGAACGGGGAGAGGUGCUGCGUGUCCCCACCAUUCAGGCGCAUUGUUCCCAAGAGCCUGACCAGGCACCAGCAGGACCCUUUUCUGGGAGUAUGUUUGUGCAGCAGUGUGUUUUUGCCCCUGCACAUCCCUGGGAAACCUUCCAAGGGAAGGGAUGCAGCUGGGCAUGCUCCUAUCAGAAUGGGUGGCCAAUUUAAUCAGAGAGAACCCCUUCUCCUGCAGGCCCCAGCUCUUCUUUCUCUUGGUGGAGGCAUUGCUGGCCCACCCUGUGUUCCUGGCUCAUAGAAACAUCCCACUUGAGUCGGCAUUCCUGUAGGAAUUCCAGAGCAUCUUAAACCUUCCUGUGGUUGCUAGGGAUGACCAUGGAAUGGCUUCCUGGAGAGGGCCACCGUUGCUGCAUCUACUUGCAGUCUCCCAGGGUCAUCCCAGGCCCGGGCAGACCUGACUCUGAGACACCCGGGCAACUAUGAGUUUGGGAAGCAGUCAUGUUGUCUCUUUGUAAAUGUCACUUUAUGAAUUAUAUGAUUGUCUGAAGCUCUUAGAUUAAUCUGCCUGGCCAUGCUGAUUGAAGUUCAGAUACUAAAGCUCGUUCUUCCAGAAUUAAUAAUUUAAUAAAACACACCUCUUUGCUCUGGGAAGACUAUAAGUUACAGCAGAGCUGCAGAGCUGGGUUUGGGAGGUCGGACAUAGCCCUGAGGAUCAUUUGUAGGUUGUCCUGUAGAGAAACCCUACUUGCCUCAUGGUUCUACCAGGACAAGUGGCUGCAGAUCACUCAAGAGAGUCAUGUAACUUUUCUCUCAGCCAGAGUGAGUUGACACCAUCAUUUUGGAGCCCGUGAGGAAGGCUUAUGAGAGAGAAGUCACCUUGGGAUAGGCUGAAGGAUGAUGAUCCUAUCUGUCAGGAGGAGCUGGCCCUCAGACUUCAGGGAGGCUGCCUGUCUUGUGUUCUCAGGGUGCUGUGGGUGUAGUCUGUAAACGUCAGAUUAGGAACUGGAUAGGUGUCUGGCAAGGCCAGGCAGCCCAGCCUAGUGCCCAGAGUGGUGCUGGAACUCUCUGUCCCCUUUCCACGUGUCCUCUCUACCUCUGAUGGCUGAGCCUUGCACAGUCAAGCUUGUCAGUGAACAGUCCAGUAUGUUUCUAUUGCACUUGGCCUGGAGCCUCUGCAGAGGGGUUGAGUACAACUGCUAGCUCCUCAUUUCUCCAGCCUGAAGUUACAAACCACUCACUGCUUCUUCUCUCAUUCUCGGGAGGUACCAGUAAGUGUUUGAGACCAACGUGAUCCUUAGAUGAGGAGCUGGGCUGUUAAGGCUGUUUGCUAACAUCCUCAUCUUACCAAGUACGUGGUAGGCUUGCACUUUCCCACCUGAUUUUCUUUGGCCAGUAAAAUGUGAGCAGAAGCAUGUCACUUCUAGGCAGAAGCCUUUAGGAGCCAGUGUGUGACAUGCCACAUUCCUUUCCCUUUGCCACAAGUGACUGGCGGUGUCCCGGAGAGUGGAGGCCCUGUCAACCUGGGUCCCAUGUGAGGGCAACAUGGUGUAGAGCCCUUACCAGCCAGCGGGCAACACAGAAUGUGACUGAGAAAUGAACCUUUGAUGUUUGAAGCUGCUGAGAUUUGGGGGUUGUUUGUUACCACAGCAUAACUUAGCUCUUCCUGACCACUACAGCCACAGUAGAGAUGUGCCUAAGAAGUCUCAGUUGCACCCAGCACAGACCCAAAUGUCUCGUAUUUAUUGAGUGUCUACUGGGAGCUGGGUGUUCUGUCAGGUACGGUGGUGUGUUGUUGAAUUUCCAUCACUAGGGAAUGAAAUAAACACUAUGACAGAUUUACCCACAUGCACAGAAGGAGGAGCAAUUCAUUCUUUAUGCACCUGACCUCGAACUAACCCUUGGAGAAUUUCAGUCCAUUGAUACUAACACCAGUUAACAUUUUUUGAACACCUACUAUGUACUAGGGGCUAAUCUAAACCCUACUUGUUUGAACUCAUUUGAUCUUCACGAUGAUUCUAGAAGGUGGGUCCUAUUAUCCUCAUUUCUCAGAUGAAGAAACCGAGACACAAAAAAGUUAAGUAACUUACCUAAGAUCACAAUGCUAGGAUUCAAAACCAAGAGCGACUUUCUUUAGCAUUCUAGGUGGAGGGGUCAGGCUAGGCAAAUAUAUUGACAUUGAAGUGAUUGGCACAUCCAGGGUAUGAUGAAUUGUCUGGUGGAACUUGGUCAUAGGCAAAUGAAAGGAUGUCAUGGGAGUUGUGGCUGGAAAUGUUGGCCAGACUCUGAAGGGUCUUGGAAGCCAGACUGAGGGCUUUGGACUUGCUCCUGUAGGCAGCGGAGCGGAAGUGGAGGACUGUGGCUUCACAGGCUUUGGGAGUAUAGCUGGCAGUGUGGACUCUGGAUUGGAGGAUGAGUGUUACAGGAGGUGGGGGCCCAAUUAGAGGAGCCUAGAAAAUGGCCUGUGGAGAUGAUGGGGCCUGAGCCAGCAUGGGGGCAGGGGAGUGAACGCCAGCCCUCCAGCUCAUUCCCCUGCUCCUGCCACACACGCCCUUCCUUUGGACUUGGACUGUAUACACUUAAUGUUGAUGUGGCUUUCAUGUUCUCCAUUUUUCUUUUCUUCUCAAGUGAACUGAGAAGGGCAGGGUCCCUAUUAGGUGUUCUCUGCCCUGUCCUCUUGCAUCUUCACUUGGGCUGAUGCCCAUGUUUGUCCUCCUCACAGGGCAGAACCCUACCCCUUGUCCAAGGCCCAGCUUGGAUGCCGUCCACCUGCUGCACGGUCUCCCUGGCAGCACAUUUGCUGCUGGAUUACACUGCAGCUGGCGUCCAGGACCCCACUCAAGCUUUGCUGUUACCAUGGCCUGUUGGCCCUUGGCUUGUGCCUGUGACGGGGAGCCCCAUGCUGUAAGCAUCAGAGAGCCACACAGGUCUUCCUCCUCAUCCAUCCUGGCCUCCUCGAGGACAGACACCUUCUUAUUCACCUACUCACUCCUAUGGGUUCACAAAGGGCACAGCAGGCCCCCAGGAAAGAGGGUCGGUUGCACCUGACCUCUUCUCAGCCAUGAUUAGAUGGACAGUCCACAUCUUUGAAAGUCAGAUAUUCUUGGUGUAGAGAUGCUCACUUAUGUGACUCAUGAAACAUUAAGCAAAUCUUGUUUUUUUCAUUAAAAAACAAUUAGUCACAACCUCAAGCUAAUGGCCGGAUACAGCUCAGCAGUCAGCAGAUGUGGUUCUCAUGCUGAACUAAUGGCGAGAACAAAAACCCCUCAUGCCUGCCUAGAGCUUCACCAGCUCACAGAGCCUGUUCACACCCAGCCUCCUUAUUAAUCCCGGGAAAAGCCCAUAAAGCAGGUUGAGCAGGGGCUGUUGCCCAUUUGGUGGACGAAGAAACUACUGCCCAAUUUCCUGCAGCCGGUGUCUGGCACAGCAGGGCCUCUUCUGUCCUGCCUCAUUCUCUGCCCACUCCCCUGACCCUCCAUGCGCUUCUCCCUCUUGUUCCAGUCCC